AUGACCGGCAACGUCAAGAGAUCCGUUCUGCACUUGUUUGCGCUUUGCCUCCGCUCAGCGCGCCGCUGUCCGCAGUGGCAGCAGCGAGAAAUGAUGAAGGCGUAUGUGCAGAUGAAAUUUCGCGACGAGAUGAGUACUAAGGACUCGGACCGGGUACGGAUGCUGCUGGCGGACGGCAGGGAGGAGCUCGAACGAAUGAACUACUAUCACUUCAUUUAUGAGACAAAACAGAGAGAUAAAGAGACUGCAGAAGAAAUAACAAGUACUGCUACAACAAGAGGAAACCAGCGACCGGCUAGUUGCCCGCAGUGCCUGGCCGCGUAUCCGACUGAGCAAGCCAACUUUUGUGCGAACUGCGGCACAAAGAGACCGGAAAGAGAAUGA